CUCAUACUAAAUGCUAUGUCUUGCUCCAUUCUCAGGGGGGGAGAGCAAUAUUCUCGAAUGAAAUUACUUCGAAAACAUCUGGAAAAUGUUAAUAAGUUGUCUGUUUAGAUAAAAUCUUUUUGACAGCUGCUUUGAUGUUGUUGUUGUGCUCUACUUAACCGCAACGAAACAGAAAUGGAGGAAUUAAUAGAAGCAUUCUUGAAGUCUAUAUCGAACAACGAUGAAGACGAUGUCGCCUUAAAAGAAUCAAAAGUCACUUCGUUUUGCGAGGCUAAUGUCCAACGGUUUUCGUUCGAGCAUAUAAAUGCAUCACUUAGACAUGAAUUCAUACGUAGUUUGAUAGAUGAGCUAAGUAUCGCAGAUAAAAGCUCAGAAAAUGUCUCCUUGAAUUAUACGGCACGUUGUCUCGAAGCUUUACGCGUGUUGAGUCGCGACAGAUCCAAUUUAGGAGAAAUGAUCUCCGAGAAUUCAUGUGUUACUUUCUUAAAACUAGCUGGGCUGUAUACAUCAGAUGGCCAGAAUUCUCAUUUGGAAGUAGAAACUGUCAUUUCCAAAUCGGUAGUUGUUAUUGAGGCUUUGAAAUGUGUUUGUAAUCUUGUUUACCAAAAUGCUGAAUUCCGGGAGUACACUGUGAAGUAUAAUUGCACCGAGGCAGUUUGUGUACGUUUGGCUUGGUUCGGCCAAACUGAUUUGGCCCGAGAUGUCAAGUUCUUCGAUCUGCGGUUGUUGUUUGUGCUGACAGCACUCGAGGCUAACGAGCGAACUACAGCCUUGCACGCUAAUGCUGUUGAGCUCCUGACUGCCGCUUUAAGUCAGGUCAUCCCAGGCCGUGAGGAGCGAAAGGCAAUACUUAACCAAGAACAGGAAAUGAGAGAGAGUGGUUUGGAGUCAAACUUACCUUCUAGGUAUAAAUUUUUACACCACAGGGUGCAGUGUCGGCUGUAGUGGUGAUAGUUAAUUGUAAGCCUAAAAAAGAUUAAGGCUACGUUUACAUUGUACCCAAGGGUGGGUAGUAGCGAAGUAGUUGUAGUUUGCUACUGUAGCGAACUACAAUUUUCAAGUAGCCAGUAGUUUUUGACUACUUUUUCAAAACAGUAGCUGUAGUUAUAGCGAACUACAUUUUGCCUAAAAGUAGCCAAGUAGUUGACUACUUUUCAAACAGCAAAUCGCUAUUCGCUACUUUUUAAAAUUGUUAGCAACUUGAUAGCGAAUAGAUUGUUAUUAAUUAUAAGACGCAGUUUGCUUAAAAUCAAUACUCAAUUUGCACGAAUAAAGUAUGCCGUGCAACUGUUCAAACUGUGCAAGUGCAUGCCGUCUUAUUUACUCGCGUAAGUCGAUUUGUUACAGGUUACAUUACAGCCUGAGCUAUAGUAGAUGCUCCAAAUACAGUAAAAUUAAAAAAUAUUGAGUAGCGAAAUAGCGAAAUAAUUCGCUACAUUUUUUAAGCAGUAGCUGUAGUCAGUAGCGAACUACUUUUGUUCAAAAGUAGCAGUAGUUGUAGCGGACUACAUAUUUUUGAAGUAGCUGUAGUCAUAGCGAACUACAAAACGUUUGUAGUCAACCGACCCUUGACUGUACCAGAUACUGUAGCUCUCCAUAGCAACAUGAAAAACACUUAUCCAGAGGAAUUAUUGCAAUGUAGAGAUGUUGUUUUGCUCAGCUUCUGAAAGUUGUACAUUCCAUUUCGGAGAGCUAACCGGUAUGGUGUAAAUGUAGCCUAAAAACACUUGGAUGCUUCGAGCUAAGCCCCUUCAUCAGGAGAGUUCUAGGUGCUCUUUGCUUAGCCAUGCAUUCGUAUCUUUCACCUCUAUUCCACACUAGAAGCUAAGUAGUUGCUGUCAUUUCAAUUUUACUUGUCAAGGGGAGAGUGCUGGGCCCCAGGGGCCGGUUGUUCAAAAAUGAAUUAGCGCUAACCCUGGGUUAAAAUUUAACUUGCUGUUUUAGUUUGUGUAUUUAUACAUGUCUGUUUAUUUCAAAACUUCAGAGAAGUAAACUCCUACUGAUUCAGACAAGAUCUCUGAAGAAAUAUUUCCAAAUUUAUAGACAAGCUGUGAGGAAGUUUGCUUUGAAUUUUAGGUUAACCUAGGGUUAAACUAACCCAACUUUGAACAACCGGCCCCUGGUGUCCAAUGGGUUAAAGUGUCCUGCCUGACAGCCUUGGUUUAACCAUAAACUGUUAUCUCUUUUACAUUGAAGGUGCAGUUUACCAGACGUCUCACUUGAUAAAGACACCAUCGAACUAUUUGGUGAAAUUCUUAAAGUUCUCUUCAAUAUAACAAUCACAAUAAGUCAAGAGCAACCCGAGCACAACUUGCAACAGUCAUGUGACAACCUCAUUGUCAUUCUCCGACACAUGUUGAUAAAAUGUGAAGAGGUUUCCCAAGAGCCCAAAAACCUUCAGAACAAUAUCAUCAACAUGUUAAUAAAUUUACCGUACCAGUCAUACAAUCUCUUGUAUUGGCAAAUCCCAAAGAAGGAAGCAAAAGAAAUUAUGAAAAAUUUUGAAACUGACCAGAGAAAAAAUAAACACCCUAUUGUUUAUGAGGUGUGUAUAAUGUAGGAAUAUACAUUGUUUUGUUGUGCCCUAUGAAUCCUCACAAUUUUGUUAACCUGUUCUCCAUACUGUUAGACAAUUUUGCUUGUGAAGUAAGUUAACCAGACUGUCUAUAUAUGUCUCUUGUUUAGCCAUUAAGCUGUUUAGUUCUACCCAUUUUACCUUUAAUUUUUUUCUGUAUUUCAGUUUUUCAAUGUUGAGGCAGUCCAUGCACUAUUGGGAAUCCUAGAUCAAAGAUUGAUUGACAAUGUUAAUCUUAAAGAAACCUUGUCCCCUCUGCUUUCUGUGCUAACGACCGUCUCGAGACACAACAGGAUUGUCCGCAAGUAUCUUCGACAGGAGGUGUUGCCAUCACUUGGUUAUGUUGGCACGGUGAAACCCGAGGAAAUGGAUAACAUCCGAGGAAGAUUAGUCCGACAUCUCACUUCAGCUGUACAUGAGCUGAAAGUAAAUGUUUCUUUUUUUCAAUUCAUUUCAAUUUAAUGUAGUCUAAUAUUAUGAUAAAUUCUCAAACGUGGUGGUCCAGUGUAGGCAGAUUCUACAAUAAGCUGUCCUGGUUUGUGUCUGAACAACCUGAAAAAGAUAUCUCAAACGUGGUGGUCCAGUGUAGGUAGUAUUCUACAAUAAGCUGUCGUGGUUUGUGUCUGAACAACCUGAAAAAGAUAUCUCAAAUGUAGUGGUCCAUUGUAGGUCGUAUUCUACAAUAAGCUGCUGUGUUUUGUGUCUGAACAACCUGAAAAAGGUAUCUCAAAUGUGGUGGUCCAGUGUAGGUAGUAUUUAACAAUAAACUGCUUGGUUUAUGUCUGAACUACCUGAAAAUAUUAAAAACACUUUAUUUCAAACAAAAUUCUCGUGAUGAAACUCAAACUCACUUUUGUGACUUGUCGGGUUAAUUUCAGAUCAAUCUUAAUGACAUUUGAAAAAAAUAAUAAAUAACGUCACCUGACAAUUCUCAACUGCGAAUAUUUGUCACUAACAUUCAGUUAAGCUUGCAAUCUUCUCAUCACUUCAUUUUUUAUGAUCCUUUUAGGAAUCCGUUGGAGACUUUUUGUUUGUGUUGUGCAAAGACAACGUAUCUCGGCUUAUCAAAUAUGUUGGUUAUGGCAAUGCUGCAGGUUUCUUGGCAGACCAUGGUUUAAUGGCGGGUGGUAAUAAUGAAGAAACGGCGGGAAAUUAUUCCACUGAUGACGAAGAAUCUGACACGGAAGAGUACGAGAGAAUUAAAGAUCAAAUUGAUCCAAUGACGGGUGUGUGCUUCGCUGUUUAAGUUUCUUCGUUUGCCCAUUUUCGUCCAGAAACAUGGCUAGGAAACAAUGUUUCCUGGUUUGCCCACCUUCGGGAAACAUGGCUAGAAAAUGAUGUUUCCUGGUUUGCCCACCUUCGGGAAACAUGGCUAGGAAACAAGGUUUCCUGGUUUGUCCACCGUUGGGAAACAUGGCUAGGAAACAAUGUUUCCUGGUUUGGGCCACCUUUGGGAAACCUGGCUAGGGAAACAUGGCUAGGAAACAAGGCUAGGAAACAAGGCUUCCUGGUUUGUCCACCGUUGGGAAACAUGGCUAGGAAACACUAUUUCCUGGUUUGCCCACCUUUGGGAAACAUAGCUAGGAAAUAAUGUUUCCUGGUUCGCCCAUCUUCGGGAUGUCUAGGAAACAAUUUUUCUUCCUAACUUUAAAAAAUUCUUUUUUUUUCAGGCGCACAGGUUGACCCGAACGUUGAGAAUCCGCUGGAUAAAAUGAGCGAAGAAGAAAAAGAGCUAGAGGCUGAGAAACUAGCAAUCCUGUUAAGCAAAUUAAACGAGAAAGGUCUCGUUAAACCUGCUCUGAUUGGUCCAGACGGCAAACCGGUUGAUAUCAACCCGGAGGACGAUUAGACAGUAUACUGCAUUAAAUAUAGUUAGAUCAUUACAUUGACAUAAAAUUCAUGAAUUUAUAGUAAAAUUGAGGACGAGGAAAGUCUGGAUCAAACGAGAAUGGGAGUGCAGUUGCGCGACUUUGGUUAGCUGUUCCAGCACUGUCAUGUAUUCAAACCUUUAUUUUGUCAAUCUAGAGCUUGAAAUGUCCCCUGUGACAAUGCGUGACUACCAACUCUCAUCCUUCGUUCGACCGGGUCUUAAUAGCACAUUUUCAUAGAAAUUUUAGUCGUACUGUUGUAAAAGUCGUGUGGUAGUUGUUUAUAGAAUCUUGGAAACUGCCAUUGCACAGCACCAACGUUUGCAACUAUCUGUCAAGCAUAGACUAUUUUAACUAUUAACGAAUUAUCCCAAACUGUAUAAUUAAUAAAUGAAUUAUACUAAACUGUGUUUUCAUAGCA